AUGGCGGGAGGAGAGGUUAUUGUUCCUCGAAAUUUUUACCUUUUGGAUGAACUCGAAAAGGGCCAAAAAAGCGCAAUCGAUGCAAGUGUAAGUUGGGGAUUGGAGCAAUCGGAUGAUAAUUCACUCACUAACUGGACCGGGAUGAUCGUUGGUCCGAAGGAUACCAACUUCUACGGGAGAAUGUACUCUCUCAAAAUCAAAUGCGGUGAAAAGUACCCGGAUGUUCGACCAGAAGUCAAAUUUACAUCGAAAAUCAACAUGAAUUGUGUUGCAGCCGAUGGCAGGGUAUGUCUUUUACUCCUCCUUCACUUGGUAACUUUUGGCCGGAGGAACAGACUAAUAUCUUGGUAG